UAUAGUCAAUAAGUUUACGGACUUUAAAAAUAUUUAAUAAAAUUAUAUUUACUUUUGUGGAAAAAAGUAUUUAAAAACUUUGAUAAUAAUGGUGGACUUCACUGGUAAAUUCAAACUGACCUCAUCGGACAACUUCGACGAGUUUCUCAAGCAACUGGGCGUUAACUUUGUGGUGAGAAAUUUGGCCAAAUCUGCGACACCGACGGUCGAGAUUAGCAAAGAUGGCGACCUCUUCACCAUUAAGACUAUAUCCAUAAAGAACACGGAAAUUAAGUUUGAAUUGGGAAAGGAGUUCGAGGAGGCCCGGGCUGAUGGCAAGAAUGUCAAGACUUCCAUUGUGGCCGAUGGUAACAAACUGAUCCAGGUGCAAAAGGGGGACAAGGAGGUCAAAAUAGUGCGCGAGUUUAACGGCAAUGAACUUAAAAUGAUUUUAACCGUGGGGUCGGUCACCAGCGUACGUGUCUACACGAGACAGUAAAUGUGUCUAGC